GGAUGCAGCAGCAGUAGCAGCCAUAAAAUCAACGGCCGCCAAAGAAUCAGCUUUAUAGGCGGGUUAAAUUCUAGAAAAGAGUUUGUCCACAGUGAUUGAACUAUUUAACAAUUACAUAUAGAAAAGCUGAAAUAAAAAAACAGUUUGAAGUGACUAUUUGCCAUAAAAAUUAAAAGAGAUUGUGAAAAUCUGUGGAGUUUUUUGGCUCUGCAAGGACCCUUGGAUUACCUUGCGGGGCGAGCGGAAUCGGGAGAUAUAACUUUGCCGGCGGAUGCCACUGAAGCGACGGCGAAAUAAACCAAAUAGAAAUCGAAGGAGGCUGCAACACGGAGAUAUUGCAGUAACAACUCCCAUUCAAUAAGGGAUUAUAGAAGCAGCCCAGCCCGUUAAGUGCUGCAAAGCGAAGGAAUAAAGGAAAAAAAAUCAAUUUUUUUUUUGAGCAGUGCACAUAUAUAUUAUUAAGGGCGCAAGAACGCAAGGACGCAAGGACACCGGCAACGGUGAGCAGCGGUUGAAGCGGCGCUGCAGCCGCAGAAAAUGGCCGCAUCCACGAGUGCAGCGGCGUUAACAAUAGCGGCAGCAACAUGAAUGAAAUCUGCAGCAACUGCAGCAGCAACAUUUAACGGCAACGCCGAUGAUGAUGACGAUGCUGAUGAUGCAGACGACGAUUACGAUGAUGAUGACGAUGUUGACGACGUUGCCGAGUUGCAGUUUCAAGAGCCACAACACAAUGCCAAGUGCCAACAGCAAGCUGAGCGAAGGGGGAAAUUAAGUGCCAAAGGCAACCGCAGCAACAUUGCAACAGCAGCAACAGCAACAGCAACAGCAACAGCAGCAACAGCAGCAACAGCAAUAGCGAAAAGAUUUUUCUCCAGCCAAGCAGAAUUCAAACUAAAUUUACAUAACAAAACACGUGCAGCGAACGCAGAAGUAAAAUCUCCAUUUCCCAGAAGCGUAGUCAAUAAGGAGACAGCAGCAGUAGCAACAGCAGCAACAGCAACAGCGGCAACUGCAGCCAUUUAGCCAGCUGCAACAUGCCCGGCAGCAACAUGUCGCCCUCACUGGGCGUCCGGGGGCGUGGCACCCUCUGUUUGGCGCUUCUGCUGGCCACCACAGCAUUCUGCGGUGCCGCUUGGGCGGCGCCCACAGUGGGUGGUGCAGCGGCAGCGCAGAAGCAGCCACACCACAAUUACCACCAUUUGGAAUUCGGAGUGCAGGGCAAUACGCCCACGCUGAUGGAGGCGAGCACCACCAGAGGUGGGAAACAUGCAAAAGUGGCUGCAGUGGUGCUACAGGCAACAUCAAAGCCCAGCACCAGCACUACCACCACCACCACCGAGAUGGCAAGAGCCACAGAUAAACUAGAGGUGCCUAGCGCUGAGACAGAAGCAUCUGCAAUCAGAAGCACCACUGAAAGUAGCACCACUAAUGGUAGUACCACUGAAAGUAGCACCACUGAAAGUAGGACCACUGAAAGUAGCACCACUGAAAGUAGAACCACUGAAAGUAGCACCACUGAAAGUAGCACCACUGAGAAAAUCGGCAUCACAGAGAUCAGCAGCACCACUGGGAAACCAACUGCGACCAAUGAAACACUCAGAAGUACUGCGACAGUGAGCAGCACCACAACAACCGUAGCAGCAGCACCACCAAGCACAGAAAGUAUUAAAGAUGAUUUGCAAGUGGUGCGGCUAUUGGACUUGGAGCACACUGUGGCACCACCGUUGGACAGUGGCCACGAUGGCCGCAAGCUGACCAAAAAGAAGCAGCUACUGGAGCAGCACUUUCCCACCACCACGGUGGCCGCCACCACCAUUGAAACGGAAAUGGAAAGGAUUCCCACUACCAGCAGCACCACAACCACCACAAUUUUAAGCAGCAGCACCACCAGAGCACCACCGCUACCGUUCACGUUCCCGCCGCUGCGACCCUCCAAUCUUGCUUUCCUGGAAGCGAUAUUUUCCACGGCACCAACCACACUACCCAAUGACUUUUCGGAAAUGAAAGCCACCAGGACACCACCGAACCCAUCCACGUUGGCGCCGCCGCACCAUGGCUACUUGGGACCGAUAUUUAUGGGCGAGCGAACCAUCGGUGUGGUGCAUCCGCUGAAGAAACCACAGCCAUCGAGCCACCAGCACGUGGCCUCGAUUGAGAGCCAGUUGCGUAAUGGCCGUUUGGUGGAGAUUUUGGCGCCCACGGCGCUGCUGGAGCAGAUUCCCGAGCCCAGCACCACCCAUGCACCACCAUCGCCAGGAGCUGCCUCGGUGCUGUCGACCACCGUUUUCCAGGUGCCCGAUUUUCAGACCAGCACCACCCGUCUGCCCACAAGUAAUAGUGAUAGCAAUAAUGUCGCUGGUGGUGUCGAGUUGGCUGCACCACCGCGCACCGAGUCCAAGAUCUCGGACAUUCAGAUCGAGGUGUACGAUUCCACGGUGGAUUCCAUAGUGGCUUCAACGAAUUUCCGUGACAGCGAGGGCUUCUAUGCACCACCGCAGAGCCCUGUGGAGAUUGGCACCACCAAGCCGUCGCAUGAGAUGCCGUUGCCGCAGGAGCGGUUCACCCAGUAUGUCAUCGAUCGGGCGGAUGUGUCCACCCAACCGGCAUCGGGUGGUGUCGCUGGUGUCAUUGGUUUUGGCGGUGCAGCGGUGGGCAAACCAGAGCCGGCGGCCAUCGAAAUCCACAUCAAUGUGUCCGAGGCAUUUGGCAGCGAAAGCGAGGAUCUGGAGUUCUCCUAUCGGCAGCCCUCGUUGGUGGCCGACAAGCCGGGCAAGUCCCGCGAUGAGAUUCUGGUGGUUGAGAUCAUCGACAGUGGUGCGGACAACAGCAGCUUGGAAUCGGGCGGCUCAUCCGCCUCAGCGAGCGGGGAGCACAUCAAUCCGAUCUUCACCUUCCGCAACUCGGAUGCGGCGGCUGCACCACCGCCGCCAGUUCGCCCACCGCAAUCCGUUCAGGAUGCCGACGAGCUAUUCAUGGCCGAUCUGAAGGAUGGCGUUGGUGGUGCAGUGCCGCGACCGCCGCCACCACCGCCGCCACCACCACCGCGAAAGCCCAGCAUCGAUCGCGAUUCGGACACCAUCUUUUACAUUUCCAACACGGAGGUUAAGGUGGGUGAAUCGCUGCCGACGGUGCUGCCAGUGGAUGAGCAGCAGCGCAAGUUCCAGCUGGAGAACCAGUUCUUCCCCGCCAGCUAUGUGAUGGACUCACAGCAGCAGCAGCAGCAGCAGCAGCAACAGUUGCAAUCGCAACAGGCGCAGCAGGCAGAUGAGGACAUCAUCCUAUCACCACUGCACCACAAUGCCGAUGGAUUGAAGAUCUUUCGCAGCUCCUCGUCGAGCAGUGGCGAUGGCGCACCACCGCUAGACGUGACCUAUGUGGGUGAGUCGGUCAUCGAGGUGGAGCAGCAGCCACAGAGUUGGAGCAGCACAUUGCCACCGGGGCAACAGCAGCAGCAGCAGCAGCAGGACAUCAUCAUUCAGCCGGCAGUGCUGCCGGAUUUGGCUAUUGGUGUGCCCGUCAUCGGGGAACUUCCACCGCAGAUCGAGCUCAAGGAGAUCGACUACAUGCCCGGCGAACUGGGAAUGGGUCAGAACGGAAUUGGCAUCUACGAGAACGACAUCCAGAGCAACAGCAUCGACAGCGAACCGGAUGUGAUCGAGAGCUCCAUCCAGUACGGUGGCGAUCUAAUCGACGAUGGUGCAGGCGGUGGCUUUGAUGGCGUUGAGGGUUCCUAUCCCUUCGAAAGUCCCGCGCACCGCCAGCAGCAGGUGGGCGUGGCCAGCGGGCUGAGCCACCAGCCCCACCGCCAGUCCGCCAACCACUUGCACCGCGAACAGCUGCCAGUCGCUGAAAUGGUCAAUGCCACGCUCCUCCAGCGAUAUGAUAGUGGUUCUGGAUCUGGCUCAGGAUCCGGCUCAGGAUCGGGUUCGGGUUCGGGAUCUGCAUCGGCAAUGGCUCCUUUGCUCGCGAGUGGAAGUAGCCGUUCUGGAAAUGCCACUGCUCUCUCCGAUGAUCCACUGGCUGAAUACGAUGGAUACUUCAAUCUUUUUGCUGUUUCCAUGGGUCUCAUCAUUGUCAUCCUGCCCUCUGCGCUCUUGGUAUCCAUGUACUGCGCUAUAAAGUAUGUGCUGAGCAAGAACUCAGGAGCGGGCACGGGUGGCGCCCAAGGCGAUGACAGCGAACAGGGCCAGGACUCCAAGCACGAGUCUGAAUCGUCGUCAUUCUCAUCAUCUGACUCGGCCGCCGCUUCCACCAUCCUGCAACCACGUCCACUCCUAGUGCCCCUGCACCACCCCCUGCACCACCCACUGCACCACCCACCGCCCACGCUAGCGCCCACCACGAGACCCCAGAGCGGCGUCAGUCAAGGCCAUUUACUGACGCCUGGUCUGGAGUGCCUCCAGUUUCGAUUCAACGAAGGCGGAGUGGGCAAGGUGGGUGAGUUGGUCCAGGUGGUUCCGCAGGCUAUUGGUGAUGGUAAUGGAAAUGGCAAUGAUGCCUCCUCUAUUGGCGGCUCAAGUGGUGGCAUUGGCGGUGGCCGCUGUCCUCCCUGUGGCUCCGUCACCAAGAUGACGCUCAAAGAUAAUCAUCUGAUUGUUGUCACCGAGGAGCGGCACGACAUUUCCCGAAAUGCCCGAGAGACGAAAAUGCACACAGACAAGGACGGUGUGUUCGUGGUGGAGGUGGCCCGUGGCAUCGACUCCAAGCAGCUGGCAGGCGAUCAUUCCGGCGUAACCUUGGACGCCACCGAGCUGCCCUUCGACAACAAACUGGCGCCGAAUGGCGGGCAUUUGCUAGAAAAGACUUUGCCGCCCAGCCACGAACAGGUGCAGAUCCAUGCACCGCCACAGGACUUUGCCACUGGCCAUCCAGCUCCACUGCAUCUCAUCGAGGAGGCCGAGGAGCAUGUGGCCGAGGAUCUAGGUCAGCAGGCAGUCGAGACUCACUCUAAUUUGGCACGCACUGGACUCUCGCAAUCAGAUCUCAGCUCGACUUCAUCGAGUGACUCCAACAAGCGGUACUCGUACGGCAACCAGGAGCUUUAUGUCAUCGAACAGCCGGGCUAUGCCACCAGUUCACCCACAGCAAAGCCGAUAUUGAUAAGUCCAAAUCAAAAUGCAGUCCAGGAUCUGGAGCAGAAGUCACAGCUAUCCAGCAAUACUGAACAAACCGAAAUCGAUUCAAGCCAAGGAUCUAAAAAGUCAGACGAAGAAGUUGCUAGGCCAGCGGAGGCGGUGAAAGAUGUUCUUUCACAAAAGGAGGUGGUAGCCAAUCCUCCCCAGAAAGAGGUAGACACUCUACCUCCCCAAGAGGUGGUAGCUGAAAAACAGGAAGAGCCUGUUGUUCCGGAAAAGGUGCCCGAGGUUCAAGCCAAAGGGGAGGAAGUGGUUUCACGCAAUGAGCAAGAGGUUCCACCCAAAGAGGACAUGCCUCCACCAACUGUUGAAGUCUCUCCACCAAAUGAAGAUCAGGUUCCGAUUGAGGAGAAGGAGCAGGAGGAGAAGCCAGACAACCAAGUUAAAUUCCAAGCCGAGGCAAAAUCAGAUCCUACUGAAAUGGAAGCAGAGUUACCAGAUGAAUCACCCAAACCAGAGGAGCCAGUGGAAAUCCAACACGAACCGGAGGCCGAGAGCAACUAUGACAGUCUGAUGAGCCUGCCGGCGCCACCAUCCACAGAGGAGAUCAAGGAGCUGGGCGACUACGCCCUCAUGGAGUCCAAUCAGUUGGACAGCCUGCCACCGCCACCACCGCCACUCCAAGAUGUCCCCAGCACUCCGCCGGUGAGCGCGAGGCCCGCUGCCAUCAGUGUCAGCAAUGGGAAUGGGAUUGGCAAGGUAACGGUGGUGACCACCGGCGGCGGUGUAGUUGGUGGAGUUGGUGGUGUGGCCGAGGAGCCCUCCACCCUGACACCACCCGCCUCGCCGCCCGCCACUCCACCGCCAUCGCAGACAUCGACGCAGUACGCCAGCAAUGGACUCACCAAUGGCAUCCAUGCCCUGGCCGUCGUCGAUGUGAAUGGCAGUUAAGAAAGGCCAGGUGAGAUGGGCACAUAAGUAUAUAUCCUUUUUUUUUUUUAAAUAAAUUAGAUCUCGAAGAGAUCAGGCCGGGUGGCGAUAUUAACUAUACCACGAGGAGAACGAUAGCUUGUAAGGAUUACUAGGAGUACUGAAACCCCAAAAUGGGGGAAAACAUGAAAUGUGGCAAAAAAAAACGUUCUCAAACGAAAACUUCAAUUUGAAUAUACACUAAAUAGAGCGAAACUUUUUCCACUUACUGUUUGUUGAUUUUCGAAUAUAACGAAUAAUAACAAUUAAAUGCGAUUAAUAUAAAAUAUAAAUAUAAAUCAUAAUUAAUUGUUUGUCUAUUUGCGGCUGGCGGCCUCUCCCCCCCACCUACCAUCCACCAUCCACCCACAACCACCCAUUCGACCCACUUCCCUCUCCAUUUCGGGGGGUCGGUGCGGCUAACGAGUAUUUCAAUGUCUAUAAAUCUACAAUAAAGCUAACAAAAAAUACAAAACAUACAAAAAAUACAAAAAAUACAAAAAAUUGCAAAAAUAACAAGAAAAAAAUAGUAUACAAAUGGAAAAGUAAAUACAAAUACAAAUAUAAAUACGAUGAAAUCUGCAUACGAACUACAUAUGAGUAUAUGAGUAUAUGAUGAAAGAAUUGCGAUACGUGGGCAAACAGAACAGAGCUAGGUGCGCCAAAAGGAGAGUAACUACCGAUAUGUAACGAUGCAUAAUUAAUUAGGCUAAUUAUUUACACACACACACAACAAUGCCAAAAAUGUUAAAUGGCAAAUGGUGAAUGUCAAAACCAGCAGCAACCGCAUAAAGAGCAUAAUUGUAGUGAAUUUAUUUCGAUUCGAUUGUUGGAUGGCCAAUAACAUCAAAGUGUGUCCUGUGUCCGGAUUUCCAUGAAAGUGUAGGUGUAAAGAGUUUUAAUUAGCAGAAAUCCGAGAGGAAGUCCGAGUUGGUUUCAAAAACAUCAAUUGUUUUCUAGAGCGAUUAAUUGAAAACGGAUUUCCAACAUGAAAACAAAGUCAUUUGAACUGAAUAUUCAUAUUCAGGUUAUAUAUUAGGAAGCCCUACAGUUUUCCAAUUUUUAAAUACAGAAUUCCGUGAAAGCAAAAAAGUAAGUGAAUAGUUAGAUAUUCCGGACAUAGACACACCCAAAUAUCGUUGAUAUUUCGAUAUUCAGAUUUCGCAAAUUACACAAUUCACUUGACAAAAUCAAAUGUGCCGAACUUUUGUAGCAAGCCAACAUAAUUUACAAAGAGAAACGAACAAUUUAUACAAUGCCAAUACGGUGAUUACAGCAUAAUGAUUACAAUAUAUGUAACCUUUUAAACGAUAAUCUAGUCAUAGUCCUAGUCGAUAUAACAUAUGUGUAUGUAUAUUUUUUUCGUGUGUGUGUAUGCGGAAAUUAGGCGAAUCGAGGACUUCAACUCUAAGCAAAUGAGAACUAAAUGGCUAACGAUAGAAAUAAGAUGAGAUGAGAUGGCAAACUAGAUGAAUGCAGAUCGUGAACAUUUCCGAUAUUAUUGCUCCCCCCUAAAAUGGUAUACACACAUACUAUAUACAGCAUAUAGGACAAAACUUGACUCUUUGAAAUAAAAUUCUUCGAAGUUAGGCCGAACGGAAUAAUAAAGUAAAGUAAAGCCCAAAAUCCGUGCACUGCAAGUGGCACGUUUUAGUGUAAGUAGUAGGAAUUAUCUAUGCCCCGGAUAUAUAGAGAUGGGGUCGUUUAUGGGUGGAACAUAAUCCCUGGCUAACGAUUUAACCACUUUUGUUGUUUACGUUUGUUCCAAUUGUUUUAUUGACAAUUAAGCCCCAUUGAUAAAGGUCGAACGGGGAUGCCAAUGAGAAAAUAUUAUGAAUAUUACAAAAUGAAUAGCCCAAAAAAACACACACACGAAACACUAAUCGUAAAUCAAAUAUAAAAGUUAGGAAAAGCGUGCAGACAUUUUUUUUGGUGGGUCGAACGAAAAAAAAAAACAAAAGAAAUAAGUAAAUGUGAUUGUUAUUUAACCUUAAGUUAUUAUUAAAAUCGAACUUAAACUGAUAUGUGUGUGUGUGCGUGUAAGUUUAAGCAAGUAGCAAGCCAAAUGGAACGAAGCGAAAUAGAACAAAACGAAACGAAUGGCAAUGGACCGCUCAAAGGCAAGCGAUAAACGAUAAGCGAUUACCGAUUAACGAUAGCUGGCAACUAGGCGAGUUUCAGGCCCUGAUAACACAAAAAAAAAAAAUAAAUAAAAAGAAGGAAAAACGGGGACUCACCCCAAAAUAAAUUCAAAUGAAAUUCUACAUUAAGAACAAUGGCGAGUUGAAAAACCAAACGAGAAAUACACACAGAAA